GAGCAACAACUACUUCACCUUCACACAAAAAAUCUUCGAUCUCUCUUUUUGAAACUACAUUUUGUCAACAAUGGUGUUAUCCAAGACAGCAUCUCAAAGUGAUGUCUCGAUUCACUCCACUUUUGCCUCACGUUAUGUCCGAAACUCACUUCCCAGGUUCAAGAUGCCAGAAAACUCUAUACCAAAGGAAGCUGCGUUUCAGAUCAUCAACGAUGAACUGAUGCUGGAUGGGAACCCCAGGCUGAACCUUGCCUCCUUUGUUACUACUUGGAUGGAACCUGAAUGUGAUAAGCUUAUAAUGGACUCCAUUAACAAGAACUACGUUGACAUGGAUGAAUACCCAGUCACCACUGAGCUUCAGAACCGGUGUGUGAACAUGAUAGCACACCUGUUCAACGCGCCGUUGGGGGACGGCGAGGCUGCCGUGGGAGUGGGAACCGUUGGUUCGUCCGAGGCAAUCAUGUUGGCCGGCCUUGCUUUCAAGAGAAAAUGGCAAAACAAGCGUAAAGCUGAAGGGAAACCUUAUGAUAAACCCAACAUCGUGACCGGUGCCAAUGUUCAGGUCUGCUGGGAGAAAUUCGCUAGGUACUUUGAAGUUGAGUUGAAAGAAGUGAAACUCAGUGAAGGGUACUACGUGAUGGACCCUGUCAAAGCAGUGGAAAUGGUCGAUGAAAACACCAUCUGUGUUGCUGCAAUCUUGGGAUCGACCCUCAACGGCGAAUUCGAAGACGUCAAGCUUCUAAACAAUCUCUUGAUCGAAAAGAACAAAGAAACUGGAUGGGAUACCCCUAUCCAUGUCGAUGCGGCCAGCGGCGGAUUUAUCGCACCGUUUUUGUACCCGGAACUCGAGUGGGACUUUAGGCUUCCCCUUGUGAAGAGUAUUAAUGUCAGUGGCCAUAAAUAUGGUCUUGUUUAUGCUGGUAUUGGUUGGGUUAUCUGGAGGAGCAAGGAAGAUUUGCCUGAAGAACUCAUCUUCCACAUUAACUAUCUUGGAGCUGAUCAACCCACUUUCACUCUCAAUUUCUCCAAAGGUUCUAGUCAAGUCAUUGCUCAAUACUACCAACUGAUCCGUUUGGGAUAUGAGGGAUACAGGAAUGUGAUGGAGAACUGUCACGAGAACGCCUUGGUCCUGAAACAAGGGUUGGAGAAAACAGGGCGAUUCAACAUCGUGUCGAAGGACGACGGUGUUCCGCUGGUGGCUUUCUCCCUCAAGGACAACAAGCAUCACGACGAGUUCGAGGUAUCCGACAUGUUGCGCCGCUUCGGUUGGAUCGUGCCGGCCUACACCAUGCCGGCCGACGCUCAGCACAUCAUCGUGCUACGCGUCGUGAUCAGAGAAGACUUCUCCCGCACCUUGGCCGAGCGUCUCGUGAUCGACAUCCAGAAGGUGCUCCACGAGCUCGACACCCUCCCCGCUAGGGUCCGUGCCAAACUGGCUAUAGCAGGAGAAGCAGAUGCACAAAACGGCAACGUUAAGAAGACUGAUAUCGAGACUCAAAGGGAAGUCAUGGCUUACUGGAAGAAAUAUGUCAGUGAGAGAAAAUCCAACAAGAACAAAAUUUGUUAAGAUUUGUUCUAUGAUUCUACCACCCUUCUGUUCGGUUUUUUUCCCGUCUUUAUUUUUCAAGCUUCAGCAUGUUGAAUCCAUUUGAGUUGAACUUUUCUUGUAAACUUAUGUUUUAUUUAUUUAUUUUGGGAUUCU